AUGGAGGAGCUGCGCGCCUCCAUGGAGGCGCUCAACGCCCGGCUGCAAGCACAGGGGAACGUCGUGCACCAUCUCCAGGGCGAGAGGCAGCAGCUCCAACACGAGCUCCAGCCGGCCAGUUCGCGGACUGGAGCUUUCAAGAUGAAGUCCUACCUCGGCGCCGUGGACCACAGGUACCAGGGCAAGCUGAUGGAGGCAGAGCAGUCGCAGGUCACGAUACGGAACGCCAGGAUGGAGUCGGACGUCGCCAGGCUCAGCACGCAGCUGUAUUACAUCCUCGUGAUGACCACAUCCGGGUCGGCGCUGGACAAGUGCCACAAUGCGGGGGUGAAGGAGGGCUUCGAGGCGUGGCGCCAGUUCGUGCUGCGCUCUCGCAGCCAGUCUAGCAAGAAGAUCGACGACGACGAGAAGAUCGGCGUGGUUCUGCUGGGCAUGGAGGGCCCCAGGGUCAAUGAGCACUUGAUUCGGAACAGCGCCGGCCUCGACGCGUGGCCCAAGGUGCGCGAGGAUAUCCUGGAUAUCGCCCGGACCCAGCAGUACGUCGACUCGCGGCCGACGACCACGCAGCUCGGAGCCAUCCCGCGGGGAGGCAAGGACAAGGGAGGCAAGGCCGACGGUGGGAAUAACCCGAACAGCGAGAAGGAAUUGCUCUACUGCAGGAAGAGAGGCCACGUGAAGGCCGACUGCAGGAAGAGACAGCGAGACCUCGCCGCGGCGGAGAACAGGCGGGGGCCGCUCGACGCGACUCCAGGAGGGCAGACUGAGCGCACCCACUUCGGGGGUUCCGCCGCCGCCGCCAGUCCAGCCACCGCCAUGACUGCCGUUGUCGGCGCUGCUGCAGAGCCAGCACGCGUCUUUCGUCUUCUAGGCGCCCUGCCAAAUGCCGCAGCAGGCAGCGGCAGCGCGCCGGCCGUGCCAGGCCGCGACGCGGACAGACCCGUCCCAGUGCUGGCAGCGACGCGGACGGACGCGCAGUACCUCAUGAUCGACACCUGCGCUGGGGCGAGCGCGUUCCCGCGACGAUUCGACUCGGCAGCCGAGGGGGGCCCGGCAGUGGGCCCAGCGCGGCUCGAAACGACGACGGACGACCUGGUCAUCGGCGACAGUGGGAAGCAGUCCCGCUUCGGGCUGCAGGACGGCCGGCAGGUCAUGGCGAGGUGCAACGAGGCCGAGGUGAAGUUCCCGAUCGUGAGCGUCGGGGAGGUGGCGGGCCAGGGCAACUGGUUCCUGUUCGGCACGGGUCACCAGGUGAUGCUGCCCAGCGAGGCAUCUCCG